AUAAAUUAGAAAAAUUAGCUAAAGUCGUCAAGUUUUGCACAGGGCGAGACGACGAAAAGAGUAAGUGGGGAUGGGAGUGCAGAAGGAGAUUCUGAAGCCCGGCAAUGGAGCCAAGCCUAUUCGCGGUCAAAACGUUACCGUGCACUGUACUGGCUUUGGUAAGGAUGGUGAUCUAUCAAAGAAGUUUUGGAGUACCAAAGAUCCUGGACAACAACCAUUCACAUUUAAGAUAGGCUUGGGUUCUGUUAUCAAAGGUUGGGAUGAAGGUGUUUUGGGCAUGGAUGUUGGGGAAAUUGCUCGUCUCCAGUGCUCUCCAGAUUAUGCGUACGGAGCUAAUGGAUUUCCAGCCUGGGGAAUUCAACCUAACUCUGUUUUGGUGUUCGAGAUUGAAGUUCUCGGUGCUCAGUGGUAGUGAUAACAAUUCUGUUAUUUCCACUGGCAGCGUUAUGAUUGCCUUUUGUAUUCUGCACCCUUGGGUAACUGCUAAUUUAAGCUGGAUCUAACGGUAAUCAUCAACUUAUGGUGUAUGUCCGGAGGUUUUAAUUUCCUUUUCACGAAUA